AUGCGGCGUCCUGUGCAAACCGACGACUCGAGUUUGGCAUCGAAUAUCGACAAUGCCUCUGUUGGAGAAUCCUCUGCGGAAUCGGACUACUUGGACAGCCCAGAGUCCAGAAAAAGACGUCGAACAUCCCCUUCACAUGAUGCUGUCCACACGGAUGCGAGCCCGUCGAAGCACGGGUCAAGCGACGAUGGCGACCAUGAAGAGCACUCGAGAUCCGUCCUGUCCACUUUAAAGUUGCCAUCCAGAGCGCGGCCAAGAGCUGGGCGCGGCGCUGUAGAGCAGAUUUCCAGCCCUCAACCUCGGAACCCGAUCCUGGCACCGACCGAUCCCCAUACGAGUUUUUCAUCCCUGUCGGUCCGCCCAUGGCUGGUGCAGUCGCUCUCGAACAUGGCCAUCAAAAGGCCUACUGGGAUCCAAAAAAGCUGCAUACCUGAAAUUCUCAGCGGCAGGGACUGCAUUGGAGGCAGCAGGACCGGAUCGGGAAAGACGGUUGCAUUUGCCGUUCCUAUACUGCAAAAGUGGGCAGAGGAUCCUAGCGCAAUAUUCGCCGUCGUCCUAACACCCACAAGAGAGCUUGCCCUUCAGAUAUAUGAGCAGUUCAAAGCCGUAUCGUCUCCUCAGAGCCUGAGGGCCGUCUUGGUCACGGGAGGAUCCGACAUGCGAGCCCAAGCCAUUGCUUUGGCUCAACGUCCGCACGUCGUCAUUGCCACACCCGGACGGUUGGCAGAUCAUAUUCGAACUUCUGGGGAAGAUACCAUCUGUGGAUUGCGGCGGGUUCGCUUCGUUGUUCUUGACGAAGCCGACCGGCUCCUUCACGCCGGCGGUCCGGGAAGCAUGCUUCCCGACGUCGAAGAAUGCCUCUCGGCCUUGCCGGCAGCAACCGAGCGGCAAACGCUCCUAUUCACCGCAACCAUGACCCCCGAGGUCCGAGCCCUGAAAAGCAUGCCGCAGAAACCCGGUAAACAGCCGGUCUUUGUGUGCGAGGUUGGCACUCAGGUGCUCGCUGUUCCCCCUACCCUGCACCAAACACACGUCCAGAUACCCGUCACGCACAAGGAGCACUAUCUCCACGUUUUCCUCCUCACGGAGAGCAACAAGGACAAGACCGUCAUCAUCUUUUGCAAUCGAACCUCGACAGCCGAUUUCCUUCAUCAUCUACUGCGUCUGUUGGAUCACCGAGUUACCUCGUUGCACUCGAAGCUUCCCCAGAGACAGAGGAUCGACAACCUGGGGCGCUUCCGUGCGUCAGCCGCUCGCAUUCUCGUGGCCACCGAUGUUGCUGCGCGUGGACUGGAUAUUCCUGAAGUGAGCCUUGUGAUCAACUACGACGUACCGCGAGAUCCCGACGACUAUAUCCACAGGGUUGGUCGAACCGCUCGCGCGGGCCGAAGAGGCGAAUCGGCGACUUUUGUCGGACAACGGGACGUGGAACUUGUUCUGGCCAUUGAAGACCGUGUGGGUAGGCAGAUGACAGCAUGGGGGGAGGAGGGCGUCAACCUGGAAACAAGAGUUAUCCGUGAUGCGCUAAAGCUGGUCAGUGAGAAGAAGAGAGAAGCCUUGCUGGAAAUAGAGGAGAACAAGGAGGUUGGAGGCAAGAGGAAGCGUACCAAGACGAAACUCCGAGCCGAGUAG